AAUUGAAUUUCCGUGAAAUUUUAGUUGGCCAGAAUUGCAAGCGACUGGCCCCCCUUUCUCCGGCCUUGAGAACAAAGAAAACUACGGAGCAACGGUUUAAGAUAAUUCCGGACAGCUUUGUACCCUGCAGGCUGCAGCCAUGGCGACGAGCCUUCCAUGGCACCCCCUACCACCCUCGAGAACCAAACUUCUAUAUCGUACUCCAAGACAGUUCAUUCCUAUCCGCCACAUGACUCCCGUACAGGCCUUCAGGCGCAGCGACUUUGAUAUGUUCGCCAGGCGAAUAAGCUCCGGCGAGGCUUGGAGAGACGCGUGGCGCCGAGCAAACGACGGCUUCGAGCAGUUCGUUUUCGAAACGAAGAAGACAGCUGAGCGCAUCGAUCGGAGAUACAGUGUCUCGCAGCGGUUGCACGCGGCGGCGCAAUCCACUCUUUACCGUGCCCGUGAAAUUGACCGCGAAUUUGAGAUUACUGAUCGCUGGCGUACCUUUACUCUCGAUUUCAGCAGAAAUUGGCCGAGGUACAGGAAGCAGUUAAAUGACUUUUUGGAUACUCCGAUAGGAAGAACUAUUACGACAUUCUUCUUCCUAUGGUUUGCUCUAUCAGGAUGGCUGUUUCAGUUUCUGAUAUUUGCAUUAUGGGUCUUGCCAUUUGCUGCUCCUCUUCUUAUAGGUGCUGUUGCAAAAAAUCUUGUAAUUCAGGGAGAAUGCCCAGCUUGUAGAAAGCAGUUUAUUGGAUAUAAAAACCAAACAAUUCGCUGCACUACUUGUAGAAACAUUGUGUGGCAACCACAAGGUGAUUUCUUCUCCGGAGGCGGUCGAGGUUCUAAGUCGUCAAAGUCACAGCCAGAUGUCAUUGAUGUUGAGUUUGAAGAGAAAUAAACUUAGAGGUCUAUUUGGCACUUACGGCUUUUCUACAUGGGGAUACAGAACAUAUAUUACUACAUAACAAGAACGAAGUUAUUUGAGGAGUAUGUUAAAUGUCUCUUCCUAUAUCUUCUUAAUGUCCUUGUAAGUCCAAUUGUGGUUAUCCUUUUUUAGUUCAUGAGAUUUUAGAUGGAGAACUAAACUGCAGGUUUUACCUCCGAUGUGCUAUAAAUCUCUCAUUGUUUUUUUAAAAUCACAUUCAUCUUAG